AUGGACAAAGACCAGCACCACACAACAGAAGGAGAUCAGUGGGAGCCCGUAACUGACAUAACUACAUGUUCUGCAGCCGCUCAGUCAGAUGAAGAACAAAAUGAAAUCGAAGCUGAAAUUUCAUUUCAAGUUAACAAUGACAACCCAGAAACUGCUGCUCUCUCAGGUACCAGUAACUCCCCAAGUCCCAGCUCGUCAAUGACAACUAAGCAGCUUCAGGACUACUGGAGGAAUGAGAAACGCCGCUGUAGACAAGUCAAACUCCUUUUUGAAAUCCCAUCAACCAGAAUUGUAGAACAGUACUUAUCUAAAUAUGUGUUGUAUAAAAUCAUCAUCAUCCAGACAGGCAGUUUUGAUGGCAACAAAACUGUAAUUGAGCGUCGAUAUUCAGAUUUUGAAAAACUGCACAAAAAUCUUUUGAAGGACUUUAAUGAAGAAAUAGAAGAUGUGACCUUUCCCAAAAAGUGCCUAACUGGAAACUUCACAGAGGAAAUGAUCAAUGAGAGAAAAUUAGCCUUCAGGGACUAUCUGGGAUUUCUGUAUUCUAUGAAAUGUGUCCGGAGAUCAAAAAAAUUUAUCGACUUCUUAAUAAGACCAGAGAUGGAGGAAGCUUAUGGCUGUCUGAGGGGAGGCCAAUAUACCAAAGCUUUGGAAAUACUUGUGCAAGUCGUCGCUCUGCAGGAAAAAUUAACCAAACACAGCCCCGUUUUAAUAGUCCCUACACUCUGUGCUGUAGUUGUGUGUCACAAAGACCUGGAGAACCCAGCAAGUGCCUAUGAAUAUGGAGAAAAGGCUUUACUUCGCCUACAGAUGCAUGGUGGGCACAGGUAUUAUGUUCCAUUGUUAGGGACAAUGAUCACUUUGGCAUAUGAACUUGGCAAAGACUUUCUUUCCUUGCAAGAGAAACUGGAAGAGAGCAAGGCAAAAAGAGACCAAAUAAAAAUGUUUACCCUAAAAGAACUUGCAGUUCGAGAGUAUAUACAAUGA